AUGGCAGAAUUUUCAAAGAGAAUAUUUAUAGAUGUGCCAAUAGAAGAUAAGUACAUAUGUCGGUACUGUGAUGAGAUUCUACAUAAUCCUUUACAGACACACUGUGGACACAGAUACUGUAGACAGUGCUUUGAAGAAUUACUGCGAAAUGAAGGAGAUGUACUUUGUAGUUCUUGUCGGGAAGAAGGAAUAAUGGAUUCUUUGUUAAAUAUUGAACAGGCAUAUCCGGAUAGAGCCAUAGCAAGGGAACUGAAUAAACACAACGUACAGUGCAUAAACAUAGGAUGUGAUUGGACGGGCAGUUUCAAGGAUUACAAAUUGGAUCACAAUCCGACUUGUGAAUAUGAAAUGAUAAAAUGUGUCAAUAGAAAUGGAUGUAAUGUAUCAAUUCAACGUGGAAAUCUAUCAUCUCAUCUGGAGAAGGAUUGUCCAAUGAGAAUAGUAAAGUGUGAACAUUGUCAACAUGAGACAGCAUUUAUAGAUAUGGAGAUUCAUCUUCGUGAAUGCGCUGAUGUCACCAAGGAAACCAACUCAUGCAAGGAGAAAACUGUGAGAAAAACGAUGACCGACCAUACUGAACCAGAAUCCUCAAUCUGCUCAAAAGACCUGGUAUUCUGUGAUUUCAAGGAAAUCGGGUGUGAAGAUAUGGAAAAGAAGAUUCUGUGUCUGCAGUCUGAUGAGAAGAGAAUAGCAGACCGAUUGUCUAGAUUAUCGACUAGAAACGAGAGAGAGAAUAGCGAAGAUGACGCUUUGGUUCGGACGGUAGAGAAACAUGAUAAAUCGAUAGUAGGACUGAAUAAUUGCAUUGCGGUUACCAAUAAAAAGAUUAAUACAUGUGAAGGCAUGAUUGUGGUAUUGAACAACGAAGUGGGAACGAUGACUGACAAUGUCACUUUGUUGUCAAGACAACAGAAGAAGUAUACUGAGAUGAUAGAGGCGUUAGAGAAAAAAGUGAAAGCACAAGAUAGAAUUAUCGCUUUAAAAGAUGUUGCUAUUGCUGAACAAGAUUUAAGAAUACAAAGUCUAGAAAUGGCGUCCUAUGAUGGUGUGUUGGUUUGGAAGAUAACAGACUUCGCUCCUAAAAGACAAGACGCCAUCAGUGGAAGAACCACCUCUAUCUACUCACCUUGUUUUUAUAGUAGUCGCCAUGGAUACAAGAUGUGUGCUCGGAUAUAUAUCAAUGGUGAUGGAAUGGGGAAGGGUAACCACGUAUCUUUGUUCUUCGUGAUCAUGAAGGGAGAGUCUGACGCCCUCUUGCGAUGGCCAUUCCGUCAGAAGGUCACUAUGAUGUGGUUAGAUCAGAUUAACAAAGAUCACGUGAUCGAUGCAUUUCGACCUGACCCUACUUCAAGUUCAUUUCAACGUCCUAAACACGACAUGAACAUUGCCAGUGGAUGUCCUCUAUUCAUGCCGCUAUCACAGUUGGAAAGUCUACGUCAUCAUUACGUCAGAGAUGACACUGCAUUUAUCAAAAUAUUUGUUGACACUAGUGAUUUAUCUUAA